GUAUACUAUAGAUUUUCAGUGCUGACGAUGAAUAUCGGACGAUACAGUAGCAAUAGUAUGUAUUUGUGUUGUGAUUUCCUAAUUUUUCUCACAGCGGUUUGAGUAGGAACUCUGCAAGAGGGUUACUAAAAGCCUACUGUUCCUACUGAAAUAAAUAAAACUAUACGGAAAGAGGAAUUGAACGUGCGGGAGCGUAGCAGACGGAUCCUGUGUGACUAUCUUUGUCGUACAAAGUCAAGUUCGCAUGUACAUAUGUGAUCAUCAUUCAAAUGGAUGGGUCCCGGCGAAUAUAUGAUUGCAAGAGAGGAGGCUGAAUUUUUUCUUCUAUAAGGAGAGAAAAAAAGACAAAAUCUUGUAGAACACAUUUGUCGGGUGCUGCUGAAACGUUGGGUGAAAUGUGGCUUGAACUUAACCUUUGAUUUUUCAAGAAGACCUGUUUAUGAAUGAUUGAAUUUUACAAAAAAUUUUUACAAUUUUUACUUCAAGGGGCAUGUAUAAAUAUUUCUCUUAGAUUUUAAUGUUUUGACAUACUGGCGAACAUAAGAAAAAUAUACAGCUAUCUACAUGGCUACACCGGUAUUAACUAAGAAACAACAAAAACAAAGUUUGUCAGCCAAAAAAGGACCUGUUAGAGGUUUACGGAAUCUCUUGGCACAACCUCAUGAGAACUACUGGCCUACUAUAAACAUUGAUCAAUAUCCAGCAUUGACAACUCUUAUGAAUGAGUUAUUACCCUUGAUAAGACAGCCAAGUUUUAAAAUUCCUGGAUCAAUGCUUAGACACAUGUCAAGGGAACAACGCCUAUUAGCCAGGAGAGAAGCAUUAGAGAAAGAAAGCACUAAACCUGAUAACAAUUUACUAAAGUUUGUCAUUUUGGGUAUUAAUAUAAUUACACGGGCUUUAGAGAAAAACAAUGUAUGUUGCAUAUUAUUAGAUGCCAAUGUGGAGCCACCUCUCUUGAUAAAACACAUUGUUGUUAUGGCACAGAACAAGAAAGUUCCUGUUCUUCUAUUACCUGUUUUGAAAACAAUUACGCUACAAACAAUUGGAUUUGCCACGGCGGCUCUUGCUUUAAAGCGUGAUGUAAUGCAGUCUUCAGACAAUGUAUUCCAUGCAUUAUACAAACUAGUGGCAGAAGUCUUUAAAGAUUUUGAACCUCCUAAAUGUUCGUUGCAACUUUUUAGACCUGAUGAGACAUGCGAAAGUACAAUGCAUGAGGUUAAGACAAUAAAUGCGAAUUGCGACACAAAUUCAAAUAUUUCGAAACCAGUGCGGUCAGUUAUUGCACCGACAGACGUAUAUAGAUAUAGAUCUUCACGAAAGGACAGAACGUUUGUACCUCCAACCGUGAGUUGGAAAAACGUUCAAAUCUCGCAAGCGAUGUCGAAUGAACUCACCGUUUACAAUAAUGAUCUCGAUUAUGCCAAUGAUACAAGUUUUAGAAAUAUAUCGGAAAAUAAAAAACACGCAAAUAUUUGCGAGGAGGAAGAUCGAUGCAAAAAUACAGGAGAAGAUAAAGCCAAGUUACCUCUCGCUGGAUCAAAAUUAAUGACUGAUAAUACAGAUUUGCCGAAACACGUCCCCUUUUCAGAAGAUUCCAUUUCUGGGAGGCGCAAAAAUAGUGUGACUUACUUAUCAUUGAAGGUAAAAUGCGUACAAGGAAAUAAUAAUAGGAUAAAGGCGACUAAAGCUGUUAAAAAGAAAAAAAAGUAGUCUUAUGACAUGCUGUGUGCCGAUAGAAUAUAAUAAUAUAAAAGACAAAUUAAGAACCAGAGCCGUAUAUAAAUAUUAUAUACAGUCAAAUGAAAACCAAUAUAGGAAUGUGAAACGUCGGUUAUUUUUUCUCUUUUGUAUAAAGAUUAUUACAUUAUGUACCAGACCAGUCAGUACAAUUUCACAUUGUUAGUUCAAUAUGUAGAAUCAACAUCAGAGCAUCCAGCACCAAGAGCUAAUGAGUAUUGCAACAUUUAUACAAUACUAUACGAUAUUGUGUUGUGUACAAUGUAAGUGAUGAAAUCUAUAUAUAUUAAAUUGAACUUUCUCAUUUUUCUUCUUUCUCUCGGUCAUCAGCCUUGUGCGUAUUAAUGCUGACAACCAUAUAUGUAGAUUUAUUCAAUAAAUUAUCUUUAUCAAUCAUUUUA